AUGAGAGCAGUCGAGAGUGGAACACACGGUGAUUACUAUCACUCCGUCGAACACCAGUACAGUUCAAAUCCGUCCGUGACGCUGCGAAACAUACGGGGUGAGGAUGUUGGGCUACGGGAAGGGAACAGGAUACUUUACCUUAUAGCGAGAUGGGCGUGGGGUGUCGGGAGUCGCGGUGGACGUUCAGUUAGCGCGGCGCGCGGCCAUGGCGCGAGCGGCGGCGGCGUCUCGCGCACUGCCGGCCACCACGCGCUCGGUACGACGCUCGGAACGGGCCCGCGCACGCGCCCGCCACUCGGAUUGAUCACGGUCUCGAUUGCGAUGAAAUUUAUGAUACGACGGUGA